UGAGGCGGGGGCGGGCCGGGGGCGGGCCGGGAGCCUCUUGGAGGGCCGGCCUGGGCGGGGCCGCCAGACCCAGUCCCGGGCCCCGCGCCCUCUGCCGGCUCCUCCGCGGCGCCGCAGGCCUCUUCUGAGCCAGGUGCUGCCCCCCUGGGCCUGGGCGCUGCGGGGGCGUCACGGGACCCGACAGCGCGAGCCAGGGCGCCCAUGGAAGUGGAGCUGUCCUCCUCAGCCUGCCCGACCUCCCCGCCCGGAGAGGUGGAGCGCGACCGGCAGUGCACAGCGGGCGCGGAGCACCAGCUGCCCCGAAGGCGCCGCAGCGUGACCCGCGAGGCAGCCGGCCCCGCGUCGCCGCUUUGCAGAGGCCCGCUGGAGACGCGCCCCGGGCAAGGCUGAAAGCUGAGACCUAGAGUGCCGAGAGGGUCCGGCCCGCUGCCCGGGCUCCGGAAAUCUGGCGCUUUCAGUGCUUUCCGGCCGGCGUGCGGUUCCGUGAGCAGUUGUAGGAAGGGUUAAAAUUCAGUGAACACAAAUAGGAUUGCGAACACACGUUUAAAAAUUAUCUCAGGGGCCGAGGCGUAGCUGAGUGGCAGAGUGUGUGCUCCGCGUGCUAAAAGACACUGGGAUUGAUCUCCAGCACCCCCAAAACUGAGCUGUUGAGUGUGAUCAUAUGUUAAUUCUUUUUUAAAUUUAGAUUUUUCCAGAGUGCAUGCUUGUAGUGAUUACAUUCACCGUGGAGUUUUUUUUUUUUUUCCUUUCCUUUUGGUGCGGUGCUGAGAAUCGAAUCCAGGCCUUCGUGGUGUGCAUGCACCUACCACGAGCAAAUGCCCAGCCAAUUCUUUGGACAACAGGCUGAAAUUGUCCAGUUGGGUUUACAGGUUAGAAAAGUGAAUUUCAGACAGGCUGAAGACGGCUGUCAGUUUUUCGAAGCUAAUCCUCCAGCUUCAAAUAAUUAUUAAAUGAAUAAAAGAGACCUUGUAGAAUAUCAGUUGCUCAAGGUCACUUGCAAAGUCAGAACUGUCAGAAAGGCAGUUUUAUAUUCACAUCUACUGUGCUUUUUCGGACAAUCACAUAUUAAUCAAAUAUCCAACUGCUGGAAAGUAAUAACCUCACUCCUAUCUCUUACCUCCCUUUCAGGAAAGAAAGCUAUCCAGUACUUGAAAGAGACACUAGUUGUGAAAGAGACACAAAUUGUUUGUGAGGCUCAAUUUCAAGACCUCUUGUGUUUAAUCAACUGAAAUAAAAUUUCUUUUGGAAUCAGGAAUCAAAUUCAGGACUUUGCACUUACUUGCCAGUUCUUACUACUUUUUUUCGAAGAAGACGCCCACUUUUGAAUUGAGACCCUGAGUUUAGUGCCAAAUAAUCACAAAGAAGAAAAAAAAGGCAAGAGAGAAGGGCUGGAGAUGUGGCUCAGAGCGCUUUGAGUAGUCUUCAGAGAUUAUACCACAGUUGGCACAUUGUUUUACUUAUUGCACAAGAUGCUCAUGAAGAUAGCAGAUCUUAAGCUUCCAAUCCUCUCAAUGAUUACAUGCACCUCUUCCAAGCAAGGAUGUCUUACAGGGGAAGAAUGAGGAGUCAGGUGAACUCGCCGCUCUCUGACAGACCGUGGACAGCCUGUUCUUUUGCUUGGAAGGAGACAUUACUUCAUCCUACGAGGACAGCUUUUUCUAUCCCUGGGAAGAAGAGGUACAGAGACUACAGCAAUGGAGAGCUACCAGAUGUGCACAAGAAACUGCCGUCCAGUGCAGGAGAGGACAGAGCCGUGCUGCUGGGGCUUGCUAUGAUGGCUUUCUCAGUCCUGAUGUUCUUCUUGCUUGGAACAAAGAUCCUGAAACCUUUCAUACUCAGCACGUUGAGAGAAGAAUCAAACUGCACAACCAUCCACACACGUAUCAUGGAGGACUGGCUGGACUGUGCUUUCAGCUGUGGCGUGGGCUGCAGAGGUCAGGGGAAGUAUCCGUGUCUUCAGGUGUUCGUGAACCUCACGCACUCAGGUCAGAAAGCUCUUCUACACUACAAUGAAGAGGCUGUCCAGUUCAAUUCCCAGUGCUUUUACACACCGAAGUGCCACCAAGAUAGGGAUGAUUUACUCAGCGGUGUUCUGGACAUAAAGGAAUUCUUCGAUCACAAAAAUGGAACCUCUUUUUCAUGCUUCUACAGUCCGGACAGCCAAUCUGAAGAUGUCAUUCUUAUAAAAAGAUAUGAUCAAAUGGUUAUCUUCCACUGUUUAUUUUGGCCUUCACUGACUCUGCUAGGUGGUGCCCUGAUUGUUGGCAUGGUGAGAUUAACACAGCACCUGUCCUUACUCUGUGAAAAAUUUAGCCCCACAGUCAGAGAUGAAGAGGGUGGUAAGGUACCCUCCAUCAGACAGCAUCCAUACAAACUGUGGAGUGCGGACAAGAGCAAAGGAAGAAACAGAGAAAUCUUAAGAUAAUGGCCAAAUUAAAGUGUUGGCUCCAGACCAACACUUUACUGCAACAGCCCUUCCCUGGCGGACUGUCCCCAGCCGGGUGCAGAAUUCAAGGGCAUCUGUAAGGAUCAAUGCAGUGGAAGACCUAAUUAUGCCUGCUUGCAAACUAACUACAUAUAGGGUAAAGUUACAUUUUCAUGUGGGAAGUUUCUUAAAAGCCUUUUUCUGUAUUCUACAAAUAUGUCAAAUUCAUGCAUCAUCUAUCUUUUCUACUCUAAAUCUCUUUCCUUAUGAGCCACCCUACAGGUCAGAUGAGUUCAAGGUAGUUAUUGAUCUAAUUUCAGAUCUAGCUGGAAGCUGUCCGUAUGAAAAUGAAUGAUGAUAAAGGUAUCUAAUCUGCUGAAUUCUCAGCCUAACUCUAGGCACAUGAAAACAUUUUCAUGAAGCCAAUCCUCAGUGAAGAACAGUUCAUUACAAGAACUAAGAAUCAGGACACUUAAGAAAAUGUGGACCUACCGCAUUUAUUAGUUUGCUGUUUCUUCACCAUUCACCAUAAGAGGAAGGCUGUUCCCUAGAAAAUUCAGUAAAUUUAGUGAUUUAUACGUAGCUUUGCCAUAGGUUUUUUUUCAGAAUUAUUCUCAUGGAUUAUGCUUUUCAUAAGCUCACUUCAUCCUGUGCACAUUCAGGUAGAAGCAGCAGCACUGACUAGAAAUGUGAAGGAAGAAACAGCUAUACUGGAUUCCAACAUACUUUAGAAAAUCUGCACUGCAGGAAAGUUCAAUGGAUAGUCAAAAACUGUCUGUACUUUAAUGAAUGAAUCAACCAUGAUUAUUCUAAAUGAUGGUAUUACAGGACCCAAGUACUUUUCAGAUCAAGCUGCAAAUAUGAGCUGAGAACAGAGUUUGUUCUAAUUUUUCCAAUACAUCUCAGUGUCUUCAUAUUCUCACUAAAAAGCCGGGGCAUAGUAGUGUACGUGUAUAAUCCCAGUGCUCUGGGAGCUGAAGGUAGGAGAAUCAUAAAUUUGAGUUAAGCUUGGCAACUUAGCAAGGCCCUGUUUCAAAAGAAGUGAGCAAAUAAAUACACGUGGGCAGGCUGGGGAUGUAGCUCAGUGUGAUGGCCCUAGGCUCAAUCUCUAUUAUCAAAAAACAAAAACAAAAAAGUAAUUUAUAUGUAGAUAUAAUCGAGACAAGCUUUGAUUCUAAGUCAGCUUAGUGUCUUUUAGUAAUUAAUUUCAAGCCAUAAAUCAGCAAACUGAGUAUUAAGUAGAACAAUAUUGACUAGUUAUGAACAAUCUUGGUCUUCCAUUCUCUUUCUAAUGUGCAAAGAAUACAUCUCAGAGUAGAUUCAUUUUAAUUUGCAGGCCAUAAUUACAAGUUCUUGGACAUACAUCCUUGGGCAAAUCAGCUAAUCUGUUAAAACCUCUGUUCUCUUAUCUGUACCAUGGGGAUGGUCUCUUCUUUCAUUAUUUUAAAGCACAAGGUGGGGGUAAAUGAAACAGUUUCUGGUAUCUAGUAAAGGUACUUAAAACUGCUAGUAGCUGAAAAAAAAAUCUUGUGCAGAGCUGUAAUAGUCAGAUUUGGAACUUUUCAUGGCAUAGCAGGAAGGGCAGGAGGCUGGGUAGGGUGCUGGAAGAGCAGGUUCUUCUGCCCACUCCCCCAUUCUUUUGGCUAUAUGUGAUACAUAUAUUUAUGGCUCAGAAGUUGCUGCUUAAACGUUGUAGUAGAUUAUUUUGUAUGCUAGAGAUUUUCCUGUAAUACAACACAUGUAUACAUGUACAUUUUAAAUCAUUCUGAAAAUGGAGAUUCUGUGGUUUUCUUAAAAGCGUAUCACCAUUCUGUUUCUUGUACAUUUUAGCAAUAUAAUUUUUCUCCUAACAAAUGCAAGCUAAAGUACAUGCUGCAAUUACUUUCAGUUUUCUAUUCAGAUAGUGACCACUUGGUUCAUCUCAGGAAAGAAAUUAUACUCAGGGAACAAUGUCAAUUUAAAGUUCAAAUAAUUUGGCAUAUCAGUAAAAUUUAAUCAGUGAUAUGCUUCAAUGCUUAAAAGUAACAAAUACCAAAAACAAUGUGCAUCAGUGGUCAAAGAAAGGUUCAGACUUACCUUUAGCAAUGUUUAAUGAUAACUGAAAGCAAAAUCAGUUUGCUUCUAGCCUAACUUCUUUAGGCUCUGGCCCUCAAACGACUUGAAAAAAAGAUUAUAUACUUAUAUGCAUAUAUACAAACAUUCACACUCAUAUAUGUCUGCAUAAAAUACAAGUAUAUAAUUCUUUAUGCUUAAAUAAAGUAUCUAAACAUAAUUUUCUUAUAUUCAUCAUUUUACCAGGGCAGAAAAGUUGGCUUUUAAGGCAUAAUUGUUUUAGGUUUUCAAACAAAUAUUCUUAGUCAUUUUUGAAAAGAACACAAAUCCGGCUCAAUUUUGAUUAUUUACAAUACUAGUUUGGUUUUAGAGAAAUGGAAAAAUAGAAUUAUCACAGCUUUUUCUUUACAUAAUACACUACGUUAGGACACAAGUCAAGGUAUUUUUUUUUUUUUAAUAAACAGCGUGAUGUUACAGACUGCAAAGUUAAAGAAAAGCAGACAUUGACAGGUUCUAAUGAGCACAAACAAACAAUAAGUGCAGUCACAGGCCAAACUUCUUGCUAGGAAGAGCAAGACUGGGAAGAGGUCUUAAAUUUAGUGCUAUUGUUCUAUAUUCUCAACAUAAUAACACAUGCAUCUUGCUGUGUCAAAUAGUUUGGGGGCCAUCAUAAAGAGGAUAUCAAAAACAAGUUUUCUUAACUAAUGCAUUAUAUCACAGGAUUUCAAUUCAUUGAAUGAACAGAAUAUAGAGAAAUAGACUUGCUACAAUUAAUGGGGCUAAAGAAAAGGCCAGUUAGAGCUCCUUGUUCAAGCUUCUGUCGUGAACAACUGAUGUGUCAGCAGUCUUUUGGUAGCAUUACACUCCCAGGAUAUGAAGGUGUCAGGUCCCAGAGGGCAUGUUCUUUUGGAUUUUAUUUAACCAAAUUAAGUGUGAAGACUGAACUGCACUGAAACCAUUAACUGCACAAAAAAUGUGAGCUCAAUGGCAAGAAAAAAAUUUUCUGAUAAAUGCCAAGUUCUUCAACUACUCUUAGAACAUAAAUCUGGUGAGGAACUUUCUAAAAAUGAAAUCAGUAGAUGGUGACCACACUUAGAAAUUCAUACACAAAUGAAAGAGUUUAGUCAUAUUAAAGACAUUUUCAUGUGAAACACCGAAGGGUUUUUGUCUCCUUGCUAACCUAGAAGGCUCAACAAAAAUAAGAAUACCUAAAAAUAUAUAUGGUUUUGCCACAAAAUUAUUGCAGUGACAGAUUAGAUGAGGCUGCAGAUUGAUAGACUUCACUUAGCUUACAAAAUUAUUUUAAAACUUUUUCUGUACUUACCAACAUGAAGAAUGGAUUCUGUUGGCAGUGAAAACUCAGUUACACUGAACUAGACUAUACAUACAUACACUGGACUAAUUUUACCCCCCCUCCCCCACGAAAACUCUUACAUGUAGUUGUGUAAAAAUUACAAGUAAGAAAAUAUCAUUAUGACUCACACCUGCUCCUUUCUGCUAACUAAUGUGGCUAACCUAUUAACACACCUAAAACUAAGCAACAGGAAUGGUGCUGCACUAAAAAGGAAGUGCAAAACUUUAAUCAAGUGGAACACUUGAAUGAAAUAAAUAAGUUUAUUUAAAGACUAACAUCCCAACUUGGGAGACUCCGGAUGAAUUCUAAACUCUUCUGAAUUUUAGAACCUUAAUAUUCAUUUACAUCUUUUAUAAAAGACUCCUCUUGACUAGAACUUGCAAUGUGUGCACAAAUAGAAAUUAUGCAUAAACACACAUAUGAAACACACUAGUUAUGGAGAAAAGAGAAUAAAUGGAUUUUAAACACCAAAUUUGAGAACCUAGUGCUAUGAACUUCUUCACACUACAUUACAGCCUUUUCCGAAGGACUCUAGCAAUAGUUAAAUUUUAGCCAAAAAAUUUUUAAUAUCUCCAGCACCAUUAAAAACAAGACAUGCCAACUUUGACUUUGUAAAUCCAAAAUAAAGUGCUUGGAAAAAUUUGUCAUGUAAGAGCCUGAAGUACUGAAUUUUAACUCAUCUAUUUUUUCUCUCCUAACUUUCUAAGGUACAGUUACCAAUCCAAUUUUUUUUUUUUGUCUUUUUCGUUUUUAUUGGUACCAGGGAUCAAACUCACGACUGCCUGCUUGCAAGGCAGGCGCUUAUGUUGCUGAGCUAAAUCCCCAGCCCUUACCAAUCCAAUUUUAUUGGGACCAUAUCUACCUUGAAUGAAAUCCUAAUAAUCUUUUCAGAAAGUGGAAAUAAUUUUUAUGACCAAAGAAAACAACCUUCCCAGAUCAUGGCACAUAAAGAUGUAUUUACAGUUUUAAUGUAGUGAUUAAAAUGGUUUUGUUUGUACUUUAAGAAAAACAGCCCAGCUGUAACAUCCUUUUACCAAGAAUUAUUAUUGAGGAGGCCGUCAGUGCUGAAUUGUAUAGUUCAGCCUUCACAACCCAUCCUUGAUGAAGAGUUAAUUUCCUCGUAGUACGAACAGUAUAUAUUCACAGCUUCCAGCCUUCCCUUAGACGUGCCCCGUCUGGGAAGGAUGGACAUAAAGAAUGCAGUUCAUUCAAAUAACCCCUCCCUGUUCUGUCCCUCCCUUCACAUUGGUAAGCUCCAAAACAUCUGAAGUAUGAACAAUUGACUUAAAUAGAAGCACCACCAUCUAUUAACACCAUAUACUGUUUUAAAACUGAAUUAUUUUAGUAAUAUCUUGGACAUCAAGAUAAUUUUUUAAGGUGGACUUCAAGUUUGUGGGUCCAGCCCGGGUCUACAGUUUGUGUACACACAGAAAAGGAACUUAUAAUAUUCAGAAAAAGUUAACAUACUAGCUUGAACAUACUGCUAGAAAGUAAAUUUCUUUCAAAAAUUGGCAAGCAGGGGUUACUGAUCAAAAUAUGAAUAAAAUGGAUAUACAAAAUCAUUAUGUAAAAAAAAAUCCAAGUUUAUGUGCUGUGAAAUUUCCAUCAUGCCUUUAACACAGGCUGCUUACAAUUUUUUAAAAAAAUAAUGCCAAAUUAGUCAGAUUUUGAUGGAAAAAGAACACAGAUGGACUGUGUUUUACCUAUGUAAAAAUCCAUCUAUUUAAAAUAAAGUCCAAGAGGGUAUACACAAUCUAAUCAAACGAUCAUUUCCUGAUUAAUAAGAACUACACUUUACACAAAAUACUUUAUCAGCAGCUGUUUUCAUCAAAAUUUCAAUAGUCAUAGUUUCACAGUUGAAAGUUACACAUUAAAAUAUUUUACAAUUCAUUAUAUAUUCACCAGUUUCCCAUUUCCUAAUGAGAUUGUAAUAUAAAGCAGAAUAAAGGGAAAACCUUAAUUACUCUGACACUAAGUUUUACAUAGGACACUCAGAACCAGAAAAAGCUUAGGUUCUGUCAUAAAAUAGCAACCAAAUUCCAUUCUUCUUUUAAAAAAAAUCCAAUAGAAACAUCUUAUUUUUUUUAAAAAACCCAAAUUUCACAAUAAUAUUAACAGAUUUCAAAUUAACAGCAGUCUAAAAAUACUCAAAAUGAAUGCUUUCAUACAGCUGAGGAUAUGGUAAAAAGUGAUUUUUAACCAGUUGACUAUUUUCUUGCUACACUGUAUUUAAAGCUAGGCUUUUUUCUUUAGAUAUGAUUUUUCCUUCCAAACUAAUUACUGAAGGAAUAUUUCUCAAGUAAUGAAACUGUAGAGCCAAUAGUCAACUACAUCAUGGUUGAUGACACACAGGGCCAGCGACAUCAGCUGACCUCUGACUCUCAAGUACCUGGAAGUGGCUGUAUCAUCGCAGACUUGAAACAGGUCUUAGUCACCCGGUGGAGCUUUCCAUUCAAUUUUUGGUCUUCGCUUUUCUGAACACUCCCUGUCCUCCUCUGUUGCUCAGAUCAUUAAUCUAUAUUCUUUACAGAAUUUAUCUAUGCUUCUUCAACUCAAAUUAAUUUGGUUGUAAUAACUCAAAAAUAAACAUAUGUAAUGAAAUAAGCUAUGUGGCUUGUGUGUUUUAAUGGUGAAGAGGUCCUAGGGGGAUAGAAGAUGGGCAACUAUCUGAACUAAGGUGAAAGAAAUGUAAAAACUGUACAGAUUUUGUGCAUGGAGGCUCAAGGCUUUUUUGGCACUUGAGUAAAACACAAUUCUCUAAUUCUUCAGUUUCCACCAUCAAAGUUUCAGCUCUGUACCAUUUGUACUCAGUUUUCUAUUAAUCAAUCCCUGAUAUAGAAAAGGCUGGGAUGUUAGUAUACUGCAUAUAUCUAAAUAACACAAAACAUUAACUGUUUAAACAAUGAAACCUCUAUUAGCAGAAGAAUCUGGCUUUCAAUUUAAAACAAGGGAUUAAAUUCUGCAUAACUAUUUCAAGACAGUUUACAGAAAUAAGUUCCCCUAGUCUUCAGUUUUUUUUCAUGGUGGCAUUAUAUACAUGCUUUAGUGAAGUAUCUAAAUCUUCAUUAAUUAUGCCCUUUAAGGGUUCUAAAAUAGCCAGAUAUUAAGAGUAUUUGAUUAGAGUCCCUUGUUCACUAUUCAAGACUUCUACAGAUAUCUGGUUUCACAGAAGAAUAUUUUUAAAGUGAUGCUGUUUUACUAGGUUAUACAAUGUGCACUCUUUAUAAGGUUGUUCUCCAAUAAAUGCCUAGUCUAGAAAACUGUCAGUAAAUUAUUGCACUUUAUUCAUUUUGGUGUGGCACCCAGGAAUUUGCUAAAGCUACUUCUUAGAACAUUAGUCACUCAUUUGAAAUACUGAAUAAAAUAUCAGAUCCUAGAAUGAUGACUAGCAUUAACUCCUGCAUAUUGGGUGAAUAUUUUUCAAAAUGUUUAAGAAUGUGUUCUGUGCUCAAAUGGGAUUUAAUGAAGUUGGGAUGAGACCUGAUCACUUGGGAAACAAGAUAUGAUUUGAAAAUGAUUUAAUGUUCUUCUUUUAAUAUUGAAAUAUGGAUAAAUAUCUUUAAAAAUAAAAAGUUGGCUUCUAUUCUGUAACAUUAUAAAAUACUAUUCAUGAGCAGGUCUCGGUAGAGGGGUUUAAGCAGUCAGGAUGAUAGUAUAAAUUGUGAAGUUUGGUAACGAAUUUCACAUGACUGAGCCAUUCCAACUAAAAAAGGAUGGAUGAUAAGGGAAUCAUGUGAAAAAACAGACAGAAAGGAAAAGAUGGCGGAGUUCAAUCUGCUUCCUGUAAAUCGUUAUACACUGGGUACGGGUAUAAAUGGGAUGGUGCUUGAGCCUCAUCUAUAGCCCAAGAGGAAAGCUGAUGCUGCUACAAACAAUAAAAAUUUGGGUGCAAAACAAUGCAUGACUAUGGGACAGAUUAUGUAAAUAAAGAAUAUAUAUUAAUGAUAGUUUCUAUAAUAUAAAUAGCCUUUAAUAAAAAAAAUAAUCUUUUUAAUAACAUUAAUACUCACUUCUAUUUCCUGGAAAACAUGCAUGAAAAAAUGUAUUCAGUUCAAUUGCAAAA